GUAGAAUAUUUUGGACAGGUCCGUGUUGUAGGUGUUUAGGUUGUUACAUGGCUAAACCUUAUCAGUAAAUAAGGAAAUUUAAACAAGAAACAACAACAUAAAGAAUGGAAAACUUGAACAAGUUUUGCGGCUCAAAGUUCCAGAUUUGGAACAAUGAAAAACAUUCUUUUCCCAUUUGUUUCGAAACAAUGGUGUUUGUGAUCGCACCAUUCACGUUGCUAGCGGCAACAAGCGCAUAUUUCAUCGGGAGAUUGAGACCACCGGAUGUUAACCUGAGGAUUCCUGAUGUUUUCAACAUGCGGAGGAUGUGUACCGGCUUAACAUUGGUGCUCACUAUUGGUAUUCUUACCAAGGAUGUUAUCUUGAUUAAGUCGAGCAUGUCCGCUGUGCUGAUCAUCUCAUAUUGCGCAAGAAUCACAAGUUUGUUGCUGCAUUUAAUAUUUCUAUGGAGAUUGGGAAUGAUUCACUUUUAUUAUAAACGAGGACCUGGAGUCGUAACAUUUUCGUGGCUACUGACGUUCCCAUAUUAUAUAGUAGAGAUAGAACGCAUUAUAACUCUCUAUAUAUUCGAUGUUUACAACUCAAAGGAUGAUGUUUUCUACGUUAGUUUAACUGUGGACUUAUUCUGUGUGGCUGCAAUGGUUGCUUGUCAGUUUACUUAUCUGGUCACAAUUGUUCGAAAAAAUCCAAAAUUUCGAACGGUUUCGAUUCUUUCACCCGAUUCAUCUUUUGAUGAGUCACAAUCAGCCGUUUAUCAGAAUGGAGUGGAUGGGUAUUGUGAUGUCACAGUAGAGGAUAUGACAUCACAAGCACAGCUACAGGAAUGUCCAGAAGAACAGGCAGGAUGUUUAUCAAAGUUAUUUUUCUGCUGGGUGCAACCAUUGAUGAAAAAAGGGGCGAAAAAAUUGCUGAAUAAAGAAUCCUCCGUUUACCAUUUACCACAAGACUUAAACACUGAAUUAUUGAGUAAUAAAUUGACCUCAAACGGCCAAACAACCUCAAAUAAUAGUUAUGAGUACUCGAGACUAGAAAGCACGAAAAAUGUUAAACCAACACACACUGUUCUGAGGUCUCUUCACCAAAGCUUUGGUUGGAAAUAUUAUUCCCUUGGAUUCCUCAAACUGGGGAGCGAUCUUCUGGCAUUUGCAGGUCCAGUGCUUUUGAAUCAACUUGUUAAGUUUGUUGAAUCAAAUGAUCCAAUUGCUUACGGUUGCUACUUUGCUGCUGGACUCUUUGCUUCUAGUUUUGUUGGUUCUCUAUUUUCCACACACUUCGAUUACCAGGUUAAUAAAGUAGCUCUACGAAUGAAAACAAGUCUCAUAACUUCCAUCUACAACAAGACAAUGAUAUCGAAACCUGUAUCAUUAUCGAGAUACACCACGGGUGAAAUCACCAACUUUAUGAGCACCGAUGUCAACAGGAUCGUCAACUUUUGUCCAAGUUUCCAUCAGUUCUGGAGUUUGCCCAUCCAAGUUGGAAUCACACUUGUUCUGCUUUAUAUGCAAGUUGGUAUCGUGUUUCUUGCUGGGUUGGGUCUCACUCUUAUAAUGAUCUUAUUCAACCGAUAUUUGGCAAAGAAGAUGGGUGAAUAUAACAGGGAUAUGAUGAAGCAUAAAGAUGAUAGAGUUAAAUUAAUGACGGAGAUACUACUUGGGAUACGAGUGGUGAAGUUUAAUGCGUGGGAGGAAUUGUUGAGUGGGAGGAUCAAUCAAAUCCGAUCAAAAGAAAUGAAAUCUUUAAAGGGAUUGAAAUAUUUUGAUGCUGGUUGCGUUUAUUUAUGGGCAACCACCCCUGUGUUGAUUACUUUGUUGACUUUCUCAAUAUAUUCAGUUACUGGACAUCAAUUGACUGCAGCUAAGGUAUUCACUGUGGUCGCCCUCAUCAAUAUGCUGAUCUUCCCAUUGAAUGCGUUUCCAUGGGUGAUCAAUGGUUUGAUGGAAGCUUGGACAUCCCUGGAGAGGUUGGAGGACUUCCUGUCACUUCCAGACCAACAUCUUGAUCAUUACUUCAACAUCCAAUCCUCACAAAACACAGGAGAAAUUGUGAAGAUAGAGUCCGGAUGUUUCUCAUGGAAUCUUCCUCCAGAUGAUGGGGGGAUGGAGGAUCAAUAUGAAGACAAAGAUCAAAUGUUGAAGAAUCUAAAUAUCUCAAUCAAAGAGGGUGAACUGGUGGGGGUGAUGGGUUCUGUGGGGGCGGGUAAAAGUUCUUUAUUAUCGGCGAUAUCUGGAGGUAUGGAACGAGUGGAUGGUUCUAUUUAUGUUGGUUGUUAUGACGAUGGAAUGGCGGUCGUUACGCAAGAACCGUGGUUACAACAUGCAACGAUAAGGGAGAAUAUAUUGUGGGGGUCCAAGCACGACUCAGCAUUUUAUGAGCAAGUCAUCCAGUGUUGCGCACUAAAGGAAGAUUUUGCAGUGUUGCCGAAUGGUGAUUUGACUGAAGUUGGUGAGAAUGGGGUGACAUUGAGUGGGGGACAGAAGGCAAGGAUAUCACUUGCUAGAGCCGUUUACCAGAGAAAGAGGUUGUACCUUUUAGACGACCCGUUGUCAGCCGUGGAUCAGCAUGUCGCGGCUCAAUUAUUCCACGAAUGCAUCCAUGGUGUGUUGGGCGGAACCACACGGAUAUUAUGCACACAUCACACUAAAUAUUUAAAACACGCCGACCACAUCAUUGUGAUGGAAGAAGGGGAGAUAGUGAAACAUGGAACACCGUCGCAAAUAUUAGAUUUCGAUAAAAUAGAAGAUCAAACGUAUUCUAGUAAAGAAACGAAUAGUGAAGCAACAGAAAGUGGCGUUAAACAAAAAUCUUUGAUAACAAAUGAAGAGAAAGCAGUAGGAACGGUUGCUCUACAUGUUUACAAGUCUUAUUGGUUGGCCAUUGGAGGAUGCCUCGCGUUUACCAUUCUACUGUUUGUAGUUCUUAUGCAAGCAUCCAAGGUCAUUUCUGAUUGGUGGUUAUCACAGUGGGUGGGGUCAGUACCAACCAAUGGAACGCAUGGAAAUCAUCAUGAAAAUUCAAAUUUUUUCAUUUCCCCCCUUGCCCUCAGUGAUGCACAUUACACUUUCCUGUUACAAGACAAUGAACCAACACCAGCCAACCAUGACGUCAUGUGGUAUCUCAUGAUAUACGGGAUCAUCGCCGGUAGUAACAGUAUCUUCACACUAAUUCGUGCGUUUAGUUUUGCAUAUGGGGGACUGAGAGCAGCUAAGGUGAUGCACCAUAAUUUGUUGACGGCAAUUAUGAAGGCUCCAAUAUCAUUCUUUGACACUACCCCCCUGGGCCGGAUAAUCAACAGAUUCUCGAGUGAUUUAUACACAAUCGAUGAUUCCCUACCAUUCAUGCUUAAUAUAUUCCUCGCACAAUUAGCUUCAGUGAUCGGAACAAUAAUCAUAACUUGCUACGGCCUUCCAUACUUUGCAUUACUGUUGCUGCCACUGGCUGUCUGUUAUUAUUACACCCAGUAUUAUUAUCGUCUUACAUCUCGUGAAUUGAAGAGAUUGAGCAGUAUCAGUUUGUCCCCGAUCUACGCUCACUUCACCGAAUCAUUACUUGGUGUUUCAACUAUAAGGGCUUUCCAACAAGUCAAGUCUUUCAGGAGUUACAACAUAGACUUGGUGGAUCGCAACCAGCGUUGUAACUACUCGACCCUCUGUGCACAGAAGUGGCUCGGCAUCCGACUUCAAAUGAUGGGUGUCGUCAUGGUUACAGGGGUUGCGUUAACCGCCGUCAUCGAACAUCGGUUCCAGUUUAUCGCACCGGGGUUGGUGGGCCUCGCUCUCUCCUACGCACUGUCCGUCACUGGGGGGCUCUCUGGAGUCAUUACCUCGUUCACGGAGACAGAGAAACACAUGGUGGCAGUAGAGAGACAAGCUUAUUACAUAAACAACGUACCACAGGAGCGAGACAUAGGUACGAGCUCCAACCCACAGUGGCCACAAGAAGGGGCUAUAGAGUUCAACCAAGUUAGUUUAAGAUAUCGGCCCAAUCUACCACUUGCUUUGGAAAACGUGGAAUUUAAAAUCGCACCUGGCGAGAAAAUUGGCAUCGUGGGAAGAACAGGAAGUGGAAAAUCGAGUUUGUUUCUCGUUUUGUUCGGGAUAGUUCCGACCACUGGGGGAGCUGUUUACAUCGACAAAGUUAACAUAAAAAAGAUACCGUUUCGUAAAUUAAGGUCAGAGAUGGCGAUUAUCCCACAAGAUCCUUUCCUAUUCAGUGGUUCGUUACGUGACAACCUCAACCCCACCAACCUAACCAUUGAUGAUGAAAAGCUCUGGUGGGCGCUAAAGAGUUGUGGGUUGCGAAAGAUUGGGGAGCAGAUGGGUGGGUUGGGGUCAGAGGUCGGAGAGAGGGGUCAAAGGUUAUCGUCAGGGCAACGACAAUUACUUUGCCUUGCUCGUGCUUUGUUGAGAAACGUUAAGGUUGUUUGUUUGGACGAAGCAACGGCGAACAUUGAUCAAGAAUCCGAUCAAAUGAUUCAAGAAACGAUUGUGAAACAUUUCGCUCGUUGUACUGUGAUUACGAUCGCACACAGGAUUGAUUCAGUCAUGCGUAGCGACAGAGUUAUCGUCAUGGACAAUGGUCAUGUUAUCGAAAUCGAUGACCCGCGUAAUUUAUUAAAACAACCAAUGAGUGUUUUCGCUGAACUUGCUAACCAAUCAGGAACGAGGACAGAAACCAUGUGAUUUAAUAUUAUUAUUAUGAUGUCAUAAUAUCAUUAUGAUGUCACAAAUUACUGUGUUACUUUGUUUAGGUAAUGCACUAGAUUUUUACACGCUGUGAUGUGAUAAUGCCAAUCUCCAGAUUUGUGUGCUUAUGAUGUCAUAACAUCUAGUGUCAAUUUAAUAAUAUGUUUUGUUUAUUGUUGUUAGAAUGUUAUUACCCAGAAAGCAAUCUCAUUUGGUUGUCUAAAUGCUGGUACUGGAAAUAAAUAUACUAGAUAAACUGU